AUAGAGGUCAGUACUGUAUUUCUACGUCAUUUCCCCUCUGAUUUCUUAACAUAUUUUAACAUAAAUAAGCACUUAGAUUCGACAUGGCGAAGUGUUUUUGCGUUGGUAGCAUUUUACAUUUUGUUAUUGCUACAGGCCUGUUAACAUGUUUAUUGGUAAAUGUAUUCCAAAUAACUGGAAACCAGAGCAAAUGUAGACACGAAGAUAAUAUUUUUGAUAUAAGUGAGGAGAGAAGAGACAAUGAUGGCGAACAUUUGGAAAGAAAGUUUCUAUUACCUUUGGCAAAACAUCUGAAAGGAGAUAAGAUGAACAAAAUGCAUGAAAGAAUGAAAUUUGAAGGACUUGGUAAGGAACUAGUUGAACAUCGUCACAGGUUUGAAGAGAUGAUGAAGAAAUGCGCUAUAUCGCGUUACGACUCAAAUCAAAUCGAAAAGCAUGUACUUCAUUGGAUUAGCGUUGCCCCGAGCAUAGUUCUUACUUUUGUUGUCGGAAUUUUGGGAAGUGGUUUUCACUGUUCAACCCUUGGUCAUAGAAAAUUGGGAUUGAAGAUUGCAUCUAUCGUUAUUUUCAUUAUUCAUCUUCUUUACCUUGUCCCAUGCGCACUCUUUUCCCUUGGUGUAACUAUUGGAUUCAGAUCUGAAAAUAGAGAAUUCCACGGAUCCUACUACAAAGGAAGAUGUAUUAAUGGUUUUAUCAUGGUUGGGCUAUUGUUUUUCGCGUGGUUGGUCAAUUUGAUCCACUCAUUCGUUGCCUGUUGCUGUACGCCAACUGAAGAUGAGGAAACUAUUAAAGUUGUAAGAAUGAACAAGAACACUUCUGAUGAUCGCUUGAAACUCGUUGAUAAUGUUGUCUUUGGAGAACGAGUCUUCGAUAACGAUGGAGAAAUAGCUUGA